AAGUACGUGAGAAUGCAUGCACCCAUACACUAAAACAUGCUGGAGGCAAAACAGAACUAGACCUCCCAGUGGACCAAAGAGCGAUAGUAAAACGGAACUAUCAUAAAAUGUCCGGAAACGGACUUAGAAAUGAUAAAAAUCCGGGAGAAAAAUGCUCGCAGACGGACUUAGAAAAGAGCAUUGAACGGACGAAAACCGAGUGACGACAAAGUCUCGCAAAACUAUCACAAACAGACUUAAAAACGGGUGAAAAAUAGACAGAAAAGUGAAACAUAACGGAAAAAAUAUAUACAUAUGUAGGUACGGGUGAAGUCUCACAAAAUGCUCGCAGACGGACUCAGAAAAGAGCAUUUACCGGACGAAAACCGUGCGACGACCAAAGUCCCGCAAAACUAUUACAAACGGACUUAAAAACGGGCACAAUACGCAAGAAACGCCGGAUCACGUAAUAGAACAUGAACGAACAUGUCAAACUGCGACCCGGCACAACGCCGCAGUUUUUUCGUUUUGUUUUAUUUUGUGAUUAAAAACCGCAGCAGAAGGACGUAAACGGGGAGUUAAAUCGUAAAAAUAGUGAAAAAAAAGAAAAAUCGCCAUCUUCUUGUGCAUCAGGCAACCUGCGUCAACGAAUAUAACAAUUUUCGCUGGAACUGACUUUGCGCACCAUUUUUUUGUAUACACAGGGGAGUACUAAUAUUAAUAAAAAAUGCCAUUUAAGCGUAAAAGCCGGAAAUAUAUAUGCGAAUCGAAGCGUAUCAAUAAAAGUACAUCGAACUUUAAUAUUAUUGAAGAAAAUGCAGCAGACUUUAGUUUUCCAGAACCAUGUAAGGAUUUUUCAAAUGUUUUAGUUCAGAAUUUCGAAUCAACCAGUUUUAUCAACAGCUAUCAUAGAAAAAAUUAAUAAACUGCACCAAAAAAUAGACCUGAUACUUAAUAAACUCGACGGAAUAAAUAACCUGGACAAAAAAUUGGAUAUCAUGAUUAAUAAAAUGGACCGAAACACAGCGGAAAUGGUGGCUCUUCGUUCCGAAAUUGGCUCCAUUAAGGCGAAGGUUUGUGGAGAGAUCCGCAAACCUAAAGAAGUUCUGCCUUGCCAACCGCUCACAACAAUUCAAGAAUUAGACCAUUUUGAGCGUAAAUUGCAGGAAGAAAGUUUCUUCAAAAAUGUGACCGCAGAGUUAAUGAUGUCGGGCGAGAAAGCAUUCGACAAAUGGAUUCAGAGUUCUUGGCGUUCAAUUGUGUCCGACGAGGUCGCACGACAGUGCUCUUGGCGGGGCACAGAGGCAAAAAAGUGCAUUAGGGGCUUGCGGGUUACUCUAGCCAUCCGUACGGGAUUUAAUGAAAGAUUUUCGUUAGAGGACGCCGAUUUCGACCGAAUCACGCAAAAAUUCUUCCAGUACGCCCAGGACAGAGUGUCGAAGGGGCAAAAACAAAUUAAAUUUAAUUCACUAAUAUAAUUUUGUAAUCUAUUUAUGUAACACCAAAAUUAAAAAUUAAAACAAAAU